CCAUAAGGCCCUCCCCUUGCCUCUGGCUCUCAGGGGGGAGAGAGAGUCUUUUGUAGAUCGGAGUGUCCCACCUUGCGCCUCCGCCUUGCCCUGUUGAGCCAGCCUGGCAUGGCUCCCUGGCAUGGCACCUGUCUCUCUCCUUCUUUGACCGGCUGGCUUCUCUUGCUGCUGGGUGAGUCAAUUUGCUCCGGGGUUUAUUUACUCCUUCCAAGUUUGAUCUUAUCGAUACCUGGGAGAAUUUGAGCUGUAUUAGGGAAGAGGUUGGGGAGCAUGUCUGUGUAGAGAAGCUGGCUGAAUAUCAAAAGGUGUAGUUCCUCCUUCCUCGCAGUCCACAUCAUAAAAGAGAAUGCUGACACGUUCCACUCACAGCGAGCCUCUGCCGUUGUUGCUCUUUUGAAUGUUUGCAGGGAAAGGAAGCAUUCUCCCAAGCCCGACUUCUGUUCUCUUGUGGCAGCACUGCAGGAGGAGAAUUGGCUUGAAAGGCUUCCGUGCUGUGUGUCCAUUAAACCUGCCCUGUGCACCUUUCGCUGGGUCCACCAAGCCAAAUGUGGCCUUUCAGAUUGUAGCCAAGGGCAAGCAGGGGCACACAGUUUCUCCCUUCGGCAAGCCCCCCCACGUGCCACCUGCAGGCUGUGGCAUCUUCCCUGCCCCCCAAGGCUGCAUUUGUUUUUUUUUAAAGCAAUUUAUUGGGUUUUACAAUAAAAAUAAACAUGAUAAACAAUAUAACAUUUGUCUUAACAUAGUUUCACAUUUUCUUUGGACUUCCUCACAUCUCCCGCUCCCACUUUCAUCGUUAUGACAUUUUGUCAGCAAUUUAUCAUCUUAUUUAAAUUCUUAUAUCCCUUCUAUAUUUCAUAAUCUUGUAAUUCUCGAAAGGAGUUAAAUUUUCACAAUCUUACUUAUUUUCUUGAAAAAAUUCUAAAUUUAGUGGUGCUCAGUUGUUUUAGUCUAGCAUCUUAUUUAGCAUUCACUCAAAUUACAAUGUUUUUGUAGAUAAUUCUUAAAUUUCUUCCAAUCCUCCUCUAUCCUCUCUUCUCCCAGGUCACGAAUUCUGCCGGUCAUUUCAGCCAGUUCCAUGUAGUCUAUCAGUUGCAUCUGCCAUUCUUCCAGUGUGGGUAGAUCUUGAGUUUUCCAGUAUUUUGCGAGAAGUAUCCUUGCUGCUGUUGUUGCAUACAUAAAAAUGUCUGGUCCCUCUUUGCCACCCCUUGGCCGACAAUACCCAAAAGGAAGGCCUCUGGUUUCUUAGUGAAGGUAUAUUUAAAUACCUUUUUCAAUUCAUUAUAAAUCAUUUCCCAGAACGCCUUCACUUUAGGGCAAGUCCACCAGAGGUGGAAAACGUUCCCUCACACUCUUUGCAUUUCCAACACUUAUUGUCAGACAGGUGGUAAAUUUUUGCAAGUUUGACUGGGGUCAUAUACCAUCUAUAGAUCAUUUUCAUUACAUUCUCUUUCAAAGCGUUACAUGCGGUAAAUUUCAAUCCAUUACUCCACAACCUUUCCCAGUCCUCAAACAUAAUAUUAUACCCAAUGUCCUGUGCCCACCUUAUCAUAGCCGAUUUAACCGUUUCAUCUUGUGUAUUCCAUUCUAACAGCAAGUUAUACAUCCUUGAUAGUACCUUAAUCUUUGGUUCUAACAAUUCUGUUUCUAGUUCUAUUUCUCCACCUGGAAACAUAAUUUCUUAUCAUUUUUAAAAACUUCUUUAAUCUGAGCGUAAUGUAACCAAUCUCGCACUUUGUCUUUCAUUUUCUCCAAACUCUGCAAUUUCCAAUUGUCUCCAUCCUUUCUAGUAUUUCCCAGUAUUUUGGCCAUUUAGCCUCCAUAUUGGGUCUUUUCGGGCCUUAGCUUCUAGUGGUGAAAGCCACCUGGGAGUUCUAUUUUCCAGCAAGUCUUUAUAUUUUGUCCAGACAUUAAACAGUGAUUUUCUGACAAUAUGGUUCUUAAAGGCCUUAUUUGCUUUAACCUUGUCAUACCAUAAAUAUGCAUGCCAUCCAAAAACAUUAUUAAACCCUUCCAGGUCCAACACAUCAGUGUCUUCAAGAAGUAGCCAAUCUUUUAGCCAGCAGAACGCUGCGGCUUCAUAAUACAACUUUAAGUCUGGCAGGGCAAAGCCCCCUCUUUGUUUUGCAUCAGUUAAUAUCUUAAACUUAAUUCCCAAGGCUGCAUUUGUACCAUACAGUGGUACCUCAGGUUAAGAACUUAAUUCGUUCUGGAGGUCCAUUCUUAACCUGAAACUGUUCUUAACCUGAGGUACCACUUUAGCUAAUGGGGCCUCCUGCUGCCGCCAUGCCACCGCCACGCAAUUUCUGUGCUCAUACUGAAGCAAAGUUCUUAACCCGAGGUACUAUUUCUGGGUUAGCGGAGUCUGUAACCUGAAGCGUCUGUAACCCGAGGUACCACUGUACAUUUAAAACAUGACGAUACCACUUUAAACAUUAGUGGAUUCCGCCGCCCCCCCAAAGAAACAUGGGAGCUGCAGUUUGUUUAAGGAGCUGGGAGUUGUCAAGUGACCCUCUGUCCCCCUCCUGGAGCUACAAUUCCCAGAGUUCCCUCCGAAAAACGGAAUUAAUUGUUAAACCAUUCUGGGAACUGUAGCUCUGAGAAGGAAAUAGGCAUCUCUCAGCACCCUGAACAAACUACAACUCCCAGAACUAUUUUCAAAGUGGCGUUACAGUUCUUUAAAUGUGUACUGUGAAUGCAGCCUUAGUCUCCGUGUUGCCUUUGUGGUAUUAGUCAAGGAAGGAGUUGGGGGCAAUGCUAGAAUUAACUGACUCUUCCUGUCCUUGGCUCUGGUUCUGCCUAGCCUCUACCCCCCCAUCCCCCAUCCCCCACCCCCUGCUUUCUGCCCUACCAGCUGCAAUGGACAUCAGCCCAAACUUGGACCUGAUAUUAGCCUCCCAUCCCAACCUUCUUUUGCAGUCUCUGUUAAACAGCGAAAACCAGGGCCUUAGCAUGUCCUGGUGGGCUGCAUUGAACUUGAUGGGCCAUGCAGGCCUGCGGUAAUGAAAAAAAAGGCCUUGUCUGCCCCCUCCCUUCCCCUGCCCCUCGGUUGUAGUCCCUCCUAUUACAGGCGAUGCUUCCGGGCCUGUACAGUAUUAACAGUUGCAAUCAGAAAGGGAGAUGGCUGCCCCCAAGCUCUCUUGCCAGCAGCCUUGAACACGCAGCCUAAUAAUAACCUGCCUUGAGGAAGAAAGCGAGUUUAGGGAAAAUGAAAAACCUUGCUGACUUUUCAGGAUUCGUAAUUGUAUCUCUAAUGUUUUCCCCUAAUUAAGAAAUGCCGGAGUUUAAAAGAUUUCUGCUUGCAACUGUUCAUGCGACGGCCAUCCGAACCCUUUAGCUGCCGUCUCAAAUGGGGAGGCCCGCUUCGUACAUUGCCAGGAAAGAGGAAACGUGUUGCCAAAAGAGAGAGAGAGAGAACAAAGACUAAAUAGGACACCGAUUUGCAUAUGUGAAUAUGUUUGGAGAUAUGCCAAUCAGCAAAUAAUUACUAGGAUUUGAAUCGAAAUAGAUCUUGCCAUGGUGGGGGAUUCUGUGAACAGAUAACCUGUGCACUUACUGGGUCCAGGUGCUCAGUAUUUAUUAUUAUUAUUAUUAUUAUUAUUAUUAUUAUUAUUACCCCAACCACUCUGGGUGGCUUCCCAUUAAAAAAGACAUAAUAAAAUGUCAAACAUUAAAAAGUAGGUGGGCAACUUGUUUCUUCAGCUUCUUUUGCUUUUAUAAACUGUUCUUGUAAUGGGCGCUCCCUCAGAAAACAGAGGACAGUCCUUCAAAUAGCGGGCUGCCCCCUGCGGUCACUCUAUGCGAAACUGGGUGGACAAAUAAUUGUGCAUAUCACGUUUGCCUCCCAUUCUUCCUCUUUGAGGGGUGCGCCAAUUUUAUCCUGCCAGCAACCAACUGAUGGAGUUGGUGGCAGAGAGCAGGAGCGAAUUGCCUCAUGGCCCAGCCGGUGAACUUAAUGGGAGGCCUUUGAUCCCAGGUCUCCCUAGUCCACCUCCAAGCUAUUGCAUCACACUUGGCCCUGGCUAAGACCCUGUUUGCACCAAAGAAUCAUGGGAACUGUAGUGUGGGAAGUUUGCUGGGGGCUGUUAGAAGAGCCCUAUUCUAAGAGUGGUGUCACAAUCCCUCUUCCCAAGGAACUCUGGGAGCUUCAGCUCAGUGAGGUCUCAUAACAAGUCUUAGCAUCCUUAACGAACUACAGUUCCCAAGAUGCUUUUUGGUGGUAUACUAUGAGCUUUUUUUUUUGCAAGGCUGCUCAUUGGAGUUACAGCACCUCUUCUUUCUUUCUUUCUUUCUUUCUUUCUUUCUUUCUUUCUUUCUUUCUUUCUUUCUGCUGGCACUCACAACACUCAUCAAUAUAUGAAUACCGGCACCUCAGGGUUUUGUUUUGUUUUGUUUAACCCAAAAAAACCCAACUAGGUAUAUUCCUGCUUCACAUUUAAGCUGCAGAUGUCACCAACAAAUGCCAUUGAGUAGUGUUCAUCCGUGUUUUUCCAUUGGGCUCCAAACAAUGCCAACACACACACCCUAUCUUUUUUUCUUCCUACCCUCUCACAUCUCUAGGCCACAGUUAUAGUGUAUUUUUUGUGGGGGGUGGGGGGUGGAAAGAAGCUUUAGAGUUGCUGGCAGAACUCGGAUCAUUUAGACCAGGUUUGGGGUGUCUGCUCUUGUUGAGAAAAGGUCACUGUGUUUGAAAUUGGGCUGAAAAGGUCUCAGGCCUCUCCAGAAACCGCUUUGCGCUGCUUAUGACUCCCUUGCUGAGAAAGACACACACCCGUUCUUGGCAAGCAAAAGCAAAGUUAACUACUUUUGUCUCCGUUUAGUGGGAUUUUAUAGAAUGCAUUAAAAGAAAAGAAAAGUUACAUUUGUCCCUUCCACAAGUCCCUCAAUAAAUUUGGGGUAAGUUAACCUCUAAUCAUUUUUUAAAAAAACCCAAACCAAAACAAACAAAAUUCUUGAUGUAAUGUAGGACCUCUAUAUUUUUGGCACUCCUUGCGUCUCUGAUGGUUUCAGAUAUUUCUGCGUAUCUUGUGAGUCGUGCGAAACACCUCUUCUAUUUUACUGCAAAUAUCUGGAUAACCAGCCUUCUCGUUUUUUCUUUGUGACUGUAACAUCCAGUGCUUUUUUCGGGGGGGGGGGGGGCGACGACGACGAUGCAUACCCCUAAAUGUUUUGUGAAUCUAAGUUUGGCCUCAUUGAGCGGCAGUAUUUCAAUAUGAGUAGGAAAAUGAGAGUACCCCUAAACAUUUUUUUAAAGAAAAAAAGCACUGGUAACAUCCCAUGCUAACCUUGGUUCAGUUCAGUUCCAUUUCUUUGCGUUUGCCUCAUGAAGUUCUGUUUGGUUAUUUGGGCCAUAUGGAUAACAUUCAGUGGAAAUGCAGUCAUACCUCAGGUUAUAGACGCUUCAGGUUGCAUUUUUUUGGAUUGUGGACCACCGAAACCUGGAAGUACCGGAAGGGGUUACUUCCCGUCACUCAUGCGCAGAAGUGCUAAAUCACGCUGUGCGCAUGCGCAAAGUGCCGAAUCGCAAUCCGCGCGUGUGCAGACGCGGGUUGCGAAUGCUGCGGGUUGCUAACGUGCAUCCUGCACAGAUCACAUUCGCAACCCAAGCGUCCACUGUACUUUCAAAACGACAACAGCACACCUUCCUUGACGUUCCUGCAAAGUGAUCUGAGGGAAUGCUAGGGCAGAAGGCCUUUCAGAGUAGAAAACUUCCUCCCUUGAGAUCCUGCUGGAACACAACUCUUCUCAUUCUCUCAGGAUUGGCCAUACAGUGGUACCUCAGGUUACAUACGCUUCAGGUUACAGACUCCGCUAACCCAGAAAUAGUACCUCGGGUUAAGAACUUUGCUUCAGGAUGAGAAUAGAAAUCAUGCUCCGGCGGUGCGGCGGCAGCAGGAGGCCCCAUUAGCUAAAGUGGUGCUUCAGGUUAAGAACAGUUUCAGCUUAGGAACGGACCUCCGGAACGAAUUAAGUACUUAACCCGAGGUACCACUGUACUCCGUGGGGCUGAUGGGUGUUAGGGGUCCGAAAGCACUGGAGGACCACAGAGUGUUGCAGAAUGCAGGUUCCUUAGCCCUGCGGUAGGCCAUGACUCGUACUUUCCUGGGCAACAUUUGCAGGAGUAUGUCAAGGUUGCUUCCAUUCCCCCCCCCCCAUGUGAGCGUUAUUAAUCUGUAAUCAUGCUGAAAGUGCAAGGCUGGGUGUGCUGAGCCUGCCCUGUUCCCACUUAACCUUGCUGCUUUCGGUGGCGAGGUUGGAGAGGGCUUGUAAGCAUGCUCGCUAGAUCACACUUACGAGCCCCCUUCAGACCUUCCCAUUCUGUGCUGUGAAGCCGGGUUCGCGGCCCUGAGCCUCCGGCACAAUUGCCGAUGAAUAAUGCCCUAAUGCAACCCAAAGAACGUCUUUGUGAUCCACCUUUUGUUGUCCUUGGGGAUAAGACAGCAAAGCUGUCUUUAGAGAAAAGCGGCAAAGGAUGCAAUCCCCCUUCUUUGGGAGUAAGUCGCAUUGUGGACCCAUCGAUAUAUUACAUCCGAAUAAUGCGGAGGAUCAAGCUGCAAGAGGGGUGAGCUGGGGAAUGUGUCUUGCUUACUCAGGAUCUACCUCAGCCGUGAAGUGACCUCGAACCACUUGCUGGUCUCAGUCUUUGCCACUCAGAGACCUUGUCUGUUGUGUGGGGCAUAAUUGUACUGACCAACCCUACGGGAGCCAAGAUUACUGAGCUAAUGCAAGCGAAGGGCCUUGAAAAGUCUAUUCCUGUUCAGUGUUCCGGAUAGCCUGCCAUGCCUUUUUCAUAAUACAGUGGUACCUCAGGUUAAGUACUUAAUUCGUUCCGGAGGUCUGUUCUUAACCUGAAACUGUUCUUAACCUGAAGCACCACUUUAGCUAAUGGGGCCUCCUGCUGCCGCCGCACCGCCGGAGCAUGAUUUCUGUUCUCAUCCUGAAGCAAAGUUCUUAACCCGAGGUACUAUUUCUGGGUUAGCGGAGUCUGUAACCUGAAGUGUAUGUAACCCGAGGUACCAUUGUACUCCAUGUCUCCCCUACCCAGCAAAGAACACCGCCCCCCCCCCACCCAAAACCUCGGAUACUCACCAUUCCAUGGCUACCGACUCAUACCCUCCAACAUUUCUCCGAUGAAAAUAGGGACGUCCUAAGGAAAACAAGGACAUUCUGGGAUCAAUUCAGAAAUCAGGAUGACUUCUGUGAAUCCGGGACUGUCCCUGAAAAAUAGGGACACUUGGAGAAGCUGCUCCAUUCUCAGUGGACUGCUUUGUGGUUUUCGUGGCACUGUUAAUUUGAACCCCCUUAGGUGCCCCGCCCCAUAGAUUCUGUUAAGUUGUGGGUGAACAUACCAGAUGACACAGCGAUUCUUCAAACAGCUCUUGUUUAUUCAGAGGUCAGAACAGAACUGAACUGAAGGGUUCAGCCAGCCUGCUUAUAUAGAGCUCCACUAGAACGCAACAGUAACCACUUUCUGUAACUAUCCAAUCACUGAACAUCACUUUCAAUCCUUUAUUUGCAUAUGUGGACCUGAGUGAAAACUAUCUACAGUAUUCUUCUGCUGGCCCAGGGUGAGAACUUCAGUACAUAACAGAUUCCCCUCCCAGACUUUUGCAAACCUUGGGCUUCCCCCAAGCAUACUCAUGCCUCCCUCUCAUUUGGUGCCAGUCCUGUUUUGGCAACAUGGCCGUCACCAUGACCACAACGGCAAAACAAACUUACUUCUGGGCUCAAUUCAGAGUGAUUGUUUUGACCUAUAAAGCCUUGUGUGGUUCAGGACCUCAAAACCUCAAGGACUGUCUUUCCUCAUAUGAACCGACCUGGACCCUGCAAUCAUCAUCUAAGUCCCUUCUUCAUGUACCCCCUCCAUGGGAGCUUCGGAGGGCGGCAACACAAGGAAGGCCUUUUCAACGGUGGCCCCACACUUGUUGAAUACUCUCCCCAGGAAGCAUACUUGGUACCAGCUUUCUUUUCCUCUACCUAGGCUCUGGCCCUAUUAUCUUUAUAUUUGUGCUUUUCAAUUUUUGUUGUUAGUUGACUUUAAUGUAUGUUGCUUUGUAAGUCACUGAGAAAGCAACUAACAAAUAUAAUCUUUGUCACACACACCCUUUUUUGUGAUGACACCAUAGCCUCUUUUUGCUGUCCAUGGAAGCCAUUUUGUGCUGGCACUCAUCCCUUUUUAUCAAAACACACAUACACACACCACUGGUAUUAAUAAGUUGGCACUGGACUUCUCUAUCCAUACGUACAUCAGCCUGCUUUGAUUCAGUGCCCUCCAGAUGUUUCUGACAGCUGUGCUUUCUGGGCUGAUGGGACUCCUAGAAUUAUAAAGUUUGGAAGGGACCCUAAGGGUCAUCUAGUCCAACCCCCUGCAAUACAGGAAUCUCAGCUAGAGCAUCCAUGACAAAUGACCAUCCAACCUCUGCUUAAAAACCUUCCGAGUCUGCCACCUUCCAAGGGACACCUUCCCACUGUCAAACAGCUCUUACUGCCAGAAAGUUCUUUCUGAUAUUUAGCCAGAAUCUCGUUUCUUGUAAACUGCAGCCCUUGGUUCAAGUUCUACCCUCCGGAGCUGGAGAAAACAAGUUUGCUCCGUCCUCCUUGUGACAGCCCUUUAGAUAUUUGAAGACUGUCAUAUCUCCUCUGCCAAAGCCUAGCCUUUAAAAACAGCGGUAACAGAGGUCGUCAACGUUGCGUUCUCUAGAUAUUAUGGCCUGCAACUCCCAUCCUCUGUGACUCUUGGCCAUGUUGGCUGGGAAUGAUGAGAACUGUCGUUCAAAACCUCUGGAGGGCUACCCCUGGGUUAUGAAAUACAAGCACGGGGUCAAAUACCCAUUAAGUGGUAGCGGUGGAACUGCCAGUCCUUCCUGCUUCGAGGAACCAGCCCCCAGUGAUGGAAAUGAGACGUCCGGGGGCCUUCAGGGACUGCCUGACAGGCAGAAAUCUUAUCGCUGCAUCUUCAUCCCAGGCCAAGCUUCCCCUGUUGGUUUCUGCCUGGCAUGCCGCUGUGAAAAGCCCGGGGUCCUUCUGUGUUGUUAAGCGGAAAAGAAAGGGGGGAAAGAUGGCUACCUUCACAUCAGCCCCCCGCUGCCUCCUUAGAGGACGGCCCAGCACAUAGGAACCUUGAUGCCCACCCUACCCACCCCCUCCUGUUAGAUUUAUGGCCUUCUCCCAUCCAUGCCCCGCUCUCUUUCCCCACAGGGAGCCGGCCCAUCCAUUACAGCUUGUGGUGGCUGCUGGGCUCCCACUGAGCCAAUUUUCAUCCAUCUUCCCCUGUCGUCGUCCCCCGCUGCCUCCCGGCUCUCCUCACUCAGCUCCCGCUAAUGCAGCCCCUGGCAUGUGGCCGAUGCUGUUGUUCGGCUUUUAAUUUACAAGGGCUCAGACCUGCAGGCCCCGCCGGCUUGGGGUUUGUUAUAUGGAUGGUUUCAAAGAGCCGGAGAUGGAGGGGAAAGGGCCGGAUUAGACUGGGCAAAUAAAUCCAAGCGCGUUGCCUCUCUCUCUCUCAUCUCGGUAGUGUUGACAGACAAUAAAAGGGCUUGUGGAAGGAAAUGAAAAGAGGAAGGGCUUGAAUAUCGAGAGGCGGCAUUGUUUGCUGCCUCAUAUCCCACAUUAUCAGCCUAAGGUGGGGAGGGCAGGGAAAGUCAAGGUGCCAACAUCAUCCAUGCUUUAACCGAAUUAACCCGUAAGUUACCAAUGGGAUGAUCCCCGCUGUUGUACUUCCAACACAAACACACAUACACCAGAUGUUUUGGACUUCAACUCCCACCGUUCUCUGCCAGUGCAGCCAGUGGUCGAGGAUGAUGGGAGUUGUAGUCCAAAACCGGAUGAUGACAACAUGCGCUCUGUGGCUCUUGUAAAGGUAAAGGGACCCCUGACUGUUAGGUCCAGUUGCGCAUGACUCUGGGGUUGCGGCGCUCAUCUCGCUUUAUUGGCCGAGGGAGCCGGCGUACAGCUUCCGGGUCAUAUGGCCAGGAUGACUAAGCCACUUCUGAUGAACCAGAUCAGCACACGGAAACACCAUUUACCUUCCUGCCGGAGCGGUACCUAUUUAUCUAUUUGCACUCUGACGUGCUUUCAAACUGCUAGGUUGGCAGGAGCAGGGACCGAGCAACGGGAGCUCACCCCGUCGUGGGGAUUCAAACCACCAACCUUCUGAUCAGCAAGCCCUAAGCUCUGUGGUUUAACCCACAGCACCACCCACAUCCCGUGGCUCUUGUAGUGCUUCUCUAAGUCUCAUCCAAGAAACACUCCCUCUGGUUGUUUCUUGAAAGCAAAAAGGGCCAAGCUAGUAUUUGUGAGCCGACGCUGGGGAUCAGAACUGUGAAAUGUCCUCCGAUUUUAGCAGCAGCCUGAUCUGUUCGUUCCGACACUCGUCGGUGGCUCUCGGCAGGCCCUCCUGCUCUGGAUCCGACCCCCUGUGCUUUCCUCGGCGUGGCCUCCGGAACAGAUUGGGGGAAUGGCAGGACUGGAGCAGGUUUCAUGGCAUGCAGGUCACCGAUAUAAGCUAAAUGCAUCAGGCGGGGCUCUUUGUCUGGAUGCAGAUAAAUGCCUGUCAGGGCAGCUGUGUGGAAAAAUGGAGGCCAAGGCCAGAGCUUGUGAGCUGCUGGCGAAUUCGCUGGCCUCCCAUUCUGCUGUCCGGCAGGGAGAAGCUGUGUGGCAGGAGCAGCCCUGCCUGCCUGGUUCAGACUGUGUCAACAGCUCGGCUCCCAGAUCUAUUCAGGGUUGGUGGUGAAGAGGGCUCCCAGGAGAUUGCUGCUAUCCAAGACAGCCAGAAUCUUUGCACAGGAAGAGUUACCGGUUGUUGUUUUUGUUGUUGUUUAGUCAUUUAGUCGUGUCCGACUCUUUGUGACCCCGUGGACCAGAGCAUGCCAGGCACAUCUGUCUUCCACUGCCUCCCGCAGUUUGGUCAAACUCAUGCUGCUAGCUUCGAGAACACUGUCCCACCAUCUCGUCCUCUGUCGUCCCCUUCUCCUUGUGCCCUCCAUCUUUCCCAACAUCAGGGUCUUUUCCAGGGAGUCUUCUCUUUCUCAUGAGGUGGCCAAAGUAUUGGAGCCUCAGCUUCAGGAUCUGUCCUUCCAGUGAGCACUCAGGGCUGAUUUCCUUCAGAAUGGAUACGUUUGAUCUUCUUGCAGUCCAUGGGACUCUCAAGAGUCUCCUCCAGCAUCAUAAUUCAAAAGCAUCAAUUCUUCGGCGAUCAGCCUUCAUUAUGGUCCAGCUCUCACUUCCAUACAUCACUACUGGGAAAACCAUAGCUUUAACUAUACGGACCUUUGUUGGCAAGGUGAUGUCUCUGCUUUUUAAGAUGCUGUCUAGGUUUGUCAUCGCUUUUCUCCCAAGAAGCAGGCGUCUUUUAAUUUCGUGGCUGCUGUCACCAUCUGCAGUGAUCAUGGAGCCCAAGAAAGUAAAAUUUCUCACUGCCUCCAUUUCUUCCCCUUCUAAAAGAUGUCAAGAUGUCUCUUUAAGGCUUGAUUUUGCUUUUUUUCCUUCUCCCUCCCGUUCCCUUUUCCUCAUGUGCUGUGCCACCUUUUCUUCUUUUUUAAUUGUAAGCCUGAGGGCAAGGUCUUUCUUACUACUAUUAUUUUUUAUAUUUGUAAGCUGCUCUGGAGCCUUUUUGGCUAAAGGGUAUUAGUGCCUUUAACAAAUGAAUAAAUGUGUCCCUAUUACAGUCUGAGUGAAUGACAUGCAGGAUAUCUCACAGUCUCUGCCUGUUCCAGGAAGGGGCCCAUUACAACAGGCCUUCCCUAUAAAGUUACAUUAUUUAACCGGAUUUUGAAUUUAUUAAAUGUAUACAAAUUUAAAGUAGCUGCCGGCAAGCUUUGGGACUGAGCUUUAGUAUUGUUGUUCAUGGCUAUGUAGCAUUAAUUAGCGCUAAUUGGAAACAGAGUCUUAAUGUAGGCAAUAGUUGUUUUUAUGGAGAAAGUGAGUUGAAGGUUCUGUGAGAGAAGCAUAAUUUUCUAUACAGUGUACACAUCAGUUCCUUUCGUCCUGUUGUUGUCUCCAUGCAAAAAGGUUUGGCAGGUUUUUGAAACGCAAAUCCUACAAAACCUGUGAAAAAUAAAGGCUGACACCAGAGUAGGAAUGGACAAAUUCAGUGCUGUUUUUCUAGAAAAAGAGGUGCUGGAACUCACCACGAAUGCCUCCCUUUUUCUCUUAUACAGUCAUACCUCAGGUUACACAUGCUUCAGGUUGUGUUUUUACGGGUUACGGACCGCCGAAACCUGGAAGUACCGGAACGGGGGUUACUUCUGGGUUUCAGCAGUCGCGCAUGCGCAGAAGCGCCAAAUCGCAACCCGCGUGUGCGCAGACGCAGCGCUGCGGGUUGUGAACGCUGUGGGUUACGAACGUGCAUCCCGGACAGAUCACGUUCACAACCUGAGCAUCCACUGUAAUGGCAAUAGCGUCCACUUGAGAGAUGCUGGAAUUCAUUUCCGGUGAGUUCCUGCUGAAAAAAGAGAGCCCUGGACAAAAUCCAUCAGUUUCAGUUUCUCUCCGUUUCUCAUUUUUGCAAACUUAUCCACACUUACCGCUUGGACCCUUCUUUCCAGGCACAGGUCUGCAAUUUAAACCUCUGUGUUUUGGGCUCUCCUCUUUUUUUUUUUGCACCAGAGCUUUCCCUGCAAAAACCUGCUCUUCACAGCUGAAGCGCAAAAAGUGGCAAUUUGGGUUAUAAUAAUAAUUAUUUGUACCCCGCCCAUCUGGCUGGGUUUCCCCAGCCACUCUGGGCGGCUUCCAAAAAAGAUUAAAAAUAUCACAUAUUAAAAACUUCCCUGAACAGGGCUGCCUUCAGGUGUCUUCUAAAUGUCAGGUAGUUGUUUAUCUCUUUGACAUCUGAUGGGAGGGUGUUCCACAGGGCGGGUGCCACUACCGAGAAGGCCCUCUGUCUGCUUCCCUGUAGCUUUACCAGAAGGACCUCAGUGCUGGACCUCAGUGUCCAGGCAGAACGAUGGGGGUGGAGACGCUCCUUCAGGUAUACUGGGCCGAGGCUGUUUAGGUUCUCUGUGGAUUGCCAUUUCAGUGGGAUUUAGUGGGGAAAUUUCCAGAGCAAAAAAGAGAGAAAAGAGUGCUUGGACAUGGAGCUUGAAAACGCAAGCCUUUUCUGGAAAGCACAGAGAAAACGUAUGUGUAUAUAAGCUCUUAAAUGCAGUUCUCCUAAUUUCUGCAGCAGUUUGCGAUUUUUUUAAAAGUCUAUGCGACAUCAAUAUUUUGGCACAGAUUUCUCCUAACAAACACAUAUUUUGCAUGCACUUGCAACCAACAUGCACCUUUCUGCAAAGUAUUUCCCAUAAUACACAAUACAUUUUUGGAUGUGCUUUCCACCUAUAUAUCCAUUUUUGUGCACACUUCUAUCCCCCCACCCCAUGCAUUUUUGUUCACAUUGCUUGGUUCACGAAAUCUGGGCAAGUGCAAAUUUUCGAAGGAUAGUUGUGUUUUGGUUGUUGCAUUGCUUUGAGAAGUGCAAUUUAGGUGGUCCCUUAUUAAAAUGCCAACUACAUUGAGUUUUCUCCCUGGUCCUCACAGCAGGAUCAGUCCUCACAAAGGCAACAAUGGGCUUUGACAUUUGCAGAAGAAACAAAUCAGAUAGCUCUGCCAUACUUUCACAUCUCUCGAAAAGGCCAUUGUCUUUUUCCAGCAAUGGGAUAAAAGAGAAGAAAAAGACUUUUAUCUCCCAUGUCUGAGGCUGAUAGGAGUUAAAAUGCAAAACAUCUAGAGGAGGCCAGCCUGGGAAAGGCUGAUGUAGAAGAACUUUUCUGUGUGUGGAUACGAGUUCUUGCUUCAAGUGAUUAUUGCCGCUGAACCACACGAGCGUUAGCAAAGAAAUAUAAUAAUCUCAUUCUCCCCUCUCUUCAUUUUCAGUUCCCUUAUUUCCUGCUCUGCCUUCAUCUCCUCUGGCUGUGCAAGUGGGGGACUCUGUUUCUCUCCCGGUCCCAUUUACCUUACCCUCCUCUCACUCUCAAACCACCAUUAUCUGGAGGAAAAAUGCAACCAACAUAGCAAUGGGAACCUUGAGACCCAACUUCACUGUUGUGGUAGCAGACAGAUUCCAUCCUCGGUUCAGCGUGCUCCCUGGGAGUGGGAACCUCAAUAUCACGGCCGUGACGACCUCUGAUUCUGGCAUCUACACGGUGGAGAUCUCCCCGCUAGGGAAUGCGGUACAGAAAGGCAACAUCGCUGUCACAGUGUACGGUGAGUACGGUGUUUUGCCACUGUGGAUGGGCGAGUCUGUAGCUUAAGUGCCUUUCCUGUCUCUGGCUUUAGCCUCUCGCAAAGUCUGGCCACAUCUUCACCAUAUAUUUAAAGCACUACUGUACCACUUUGAUGGGACGCAGGUGGCGCUGUGGGUUAAACCACAGAGCCUAGGACUUGCUGAUCAGAAGGUUGGCGGUUCGAAUCCCCGCGACGGGGUGAGCUCCCGUUGCUCGGUCCCUGCUCCUGCCAACCUAGCAGUUCGAAAGCAUGUUAAAGUGCAAGUAGAUAAAUAGGUACCACUCCGGCGGGAAGGUAAACGGCGUUUCCAUGCACUGCUCUGGUUCGUCAGAAGUGGCUUAGUCAUGCUGGCCACAUGACCCGGAAGCUGUACGCUGGCUCCCUCGGCCAAUAAAGCGAGAUGAGCGCCGCAACCCCAGAGUUGGCCACGACUGGAUCUAAUGGUCGGGGGUCCCUUUACCUUUACCUUACCACUUUGACUGGCAAAGAACCCUGGGAAACACAGCUUGUAAAAAGUGAUGGGAUUUGUUAGGAGGCAGGCUUAAAAUUAUUAUCAGUGCAUUUUCCCCGUUAAAAAAUGUUUAGGGGUACUCUCGUUUUCCUACUCAUAUUGAAAUACUGCCGCUCAAUGAGGCCAAACUUAGAUUCACAAAAUGUUUAGGGGUAUGUGUACCCCUGUGUCCCCCCAGAAAAAAAACACUGAUUAUUAUUAUUAUUAUUAAUUUCAUUUCUGUACCACUCAAAGCGGUUUACAGCACAUUAGACACCAGGGUUAUAACUUUUUUUUUUUACAAACUCAUGUUCCUGUAGCUUAGUUAGAUGAACUUUUGGCUGAAAACAAAGGAAUGAACAGUCAUUUCCAUUUUUUUGGGGGGGGGGGAGGUGGAACAUCACCCUUAAAUCCAUAAAUCAAUUUUUGUAUAUGUAACUGUAUAAUAUGUAAUAUGCACAGCAUGUAUUACAAUACAGGAAAAAAUAAAGCUUGCAAAUUUUCUAAUAAUUGUACAAUGUUUUGUACAUUGUACAAUGCACAACACUUCUUAUUGCUUAGAAUAAAUCAAAGCUGCAGUUUGCCUUUGUUUCUGCUGCAAGCACCAUGAAGUUCCCACAUCACUUUGAUUGCGUGUUCUGCACACUGAUUACUUCUUGGUAUCUGGAGUACGGAUGGCUCCUGCUUCCAGUGAUUCUCCAAUACAGUUUUAGGAAGUUCCAGACAGCUGUAAAAGUUCUAAACAGUUCCAUAAAGUUUUUUUUAAAAGUGCUAAUACUUAUAUUAUAGUUUAGAUUAGAAUUAGGGUCUGAGCUGUGACUCGGGCUCAGUGCAUGUCCUACAUCCCUAGUCAUUGAUGAAGCAUCGAAGAGAAGAGAUCAGAUAACAGAGGGCAGAGAGAGAGCAGGCCGGGGAAGUGACCAGAUUAUAUAAGUUGCUCCCCUUUACCUGGCUGGGCACAGUGGGAAUGGCUCUCACAGGGAGAACUUUCUGUAGACCCUAUGAGAUUCAACUUCCUCUCUCUGUGUGCUUUUCUGGCAAUCAGCAGUAGUUGGUUUUGACUGCCUUGUUUUAGAUAUCCCACAAUAAUUUUUCUUCAACACUGGCAAGGGGAUUGCACCUUCCGUUGCACCUGAAGCACCAGGCCAGAUCAGGGAGCUCAAGACAGGCUGUGUGGCAAGAAAGAGAAAUGGCUUGUGAGAUAAAAGAGUAUUGGGAAAUGAUCCAUAAUGAAUUGAAAAAAAUGUUUAAAAGUAUUCCCCCCCCCAAAAAAAAACAACCCCAGUCCUUUCUGUUGGAGAUAAUUCAGACUGAAAUUCUCAGGUGUCAAAAAAGGUUAUUUAUGUAUGCAGCAACUGUGGUCCGUGUUUUGUUAGCCCCAAAAUGGAAAAUGAGCAAGGUCUCAACUAAAGAAGAAUGGCAACUUAAGUUGACAGAAUAUGCACAACUCGCAGACUUAACAUAUAGAAUAAGAGAACAAGAAGAACAUACGUUUAGGGAAGAUUGGAAAACAUUUAUUGAAUAUAUGGGAAAUAACUGUGUACAGCUGAAAACGCUGGCAGCAUUAAGAUAAAUUCAACAGUGUAAACAUGUUUUGAUGGAUGCAAUAGUGGAAUACUGAAUGGUAUAGUUUUUGUAAAAUAUGCUGGGAUUUAUGAUAUGUAAAAUGAACCAUGGAAAGAGAAGAAGGGAAGUCACUGAUAUCUUAAAGAUGCAAAAUGAGUAUUUUAAAUUGUAAAACAGGAAAUUUAAUAAAAAUUAGAUAUAUAAAAAAGAAAGAGAAAUGGCUUGUGGCUGUUUUGGCCACCCGCACCAUCGCCUGCCUGAGGCAGCUGCCUCCCUUUGCCUAAUGGCAUGGCAGCUCUGGAUUCUGACUGCUCUGGCCCACAGAUUGCCCUCUCUUCAGGUUUAUUUAACCCUGACCAUGGAAACACUUACAUCUGCAGCGUCGCAAGCGACAAGGCAACACCUCACUGAAAGCAGGUUGCCCUGCUUCCUCUUGCAAUGUCAGCACACUGGGGACACCCAAUGCGCUGGUGUGCUAGGGCUGUGCACAUAGCAGCGGAGUUUUCCUCAACAUGCCCUCUGGCGUUUCAUGGUAUGAAAACAGGGGCAUGCUUGCAGAGGUUCGCUUCCCAUACCAGGGAUCAGUGUCCCAGAUGCUCUUGUGUGUUUUCCAAAGACUCUGCUCUUCCAGCAGCACACUUGUUUUCAUGUUUUCUGCACCAGAGACAGGCAGGCUCUCCCAUGCUCAUCUCGGAUUAACUCAGAAAUCAGCCAAGCACAAACAAAAGCAAAAAUAACAGGCGAACUCUGACUUAACCGCCCCCCUCCCAAGUGAGGCCAGGGCUACUUCUUAAUUCUUCUCCUUCUCCAUGUAAUGAAGCAAUUUCACUCUAUUAUAUCAAAUCGAAGCAGAGUGAAGAGGCCCCAGGACAAAAACUGGCCCAAAGAUAGAAGGUCCUUGGCUGCCAAAGCUGCCAGUCCAGCCUUGGGCUGCAGGGACAAAAGCCAAGCGCGAGGAAGCCCUGCAAGUCCAUGUAAAAGAGGCUUCCCCUUUGGGACUUGUGGAGUGGAAGGCCAGGAGCCGAGCAGUAGGUGGCGCCAGAGCCCACAACAGGAAGAGACAACUAAACCCCUGUUUGGUUCCCCAUCCCUCCUGCUGCUUUCUACAAGGGGCAUAACUGAGACUAAGGAGGAGAAAGCUUGAUAGGCAGGGCCACUGCUUGGACUGGUUGGAAGUAGGAAGGCAGGCAGGUGGGAGCCUGUCUAGGGCAGACUGGGAUUGAUGGAGCAGUCCUCUGUUUAGAAGAAGUCCCGUAUUGAUGAGCUGCCCAAGUCUGGUCUAAAUGCAAAGAUGGCCUCGGAGUGGCCCAACAAUACUUAGCUCCUAGACUGUGCGGGCACACAUGUCACUGGGUCGCAGAUGUUGACAUUGUGGCGGAGGUGCAUUGUCUUUCUAUGUAAAGCGACAUUUCAAAAUGUGCAGCUGUGCCUAUAAAGUAGCAUGUGCAAAUCACCUUCGUAUUGAGUGGGGGUGUGUGUGUGUGUGUCCUCAUUUGCCCUCUUAGGCUGCCUAGAUGGGGCAGCAUCACCCUCUUUCACUGCACAGGGGACAAUUAAGUAAGUUGCAAGGGAGUGGGAGCAAGCCAGUGUCCCAGAGAUGUCUUGCAGGGGAUGCUUUUCCAUGCCUUCCUCUGUUAUUGCCCCCACAGCCCGAGGGUGGAGUAGCUGGGUUUGGCAGCUGAGGAUCAUGGUAUGUUGACAGAUCUGUCAGUGUGUGUGAUGGGUGUGGCAAAGUCAGUGGGUGGGCUUAGCAAGUGGGAGAGGGUGAAGUGGCAUGGGAGGUUGGCGCAGUGCAAACGCAUUGGCAGGAGGGCUGGAUUGGCUUCGCCGCUGCAUUUGCACCCUACCAACCUCCCUGCCACCUCCCCAUCUCCCUCUCAGUAACCAACAGCGACCUACUUGCUGGGAAGCCAGUACCUUGCGAGUUACUUCUAGCUGGUGACCUCCAGCUACCAAUCUGUCCCAGCCCUAGAGACUUCUGUCCCCUGCAGGGAGUCUCUGGUUAGAUGAUUCCUGGCUGACAACGGCUUUGCUCAGCUCAGAGAGCUCUCUCUCCUUGCCACACAAAACCUUUCACAGUCAGGGAAGCCAGAGAUUCUUCUGAGGCUCAGGUUUUCAUUGGACAUCGAGGAGAAGAAUACAGGGACGUGAAGUUUUCCUCUCCCUCUGAGGAAGUGUAAAACUCACCUCUCCUUUUGAGCCUUAGCUGAACAAGCCUCCAGAGUUGCUUUUUCAAAACCUAGCUUGGGGGAAUUCUGCUGCCACCUCUAUUAUGCACUUGCCUGAUAUGAACCAGCGCAUCCAGACUGCAAAUUUAGAAGUAUAUUCAUAGGUGCAAACUUAGGAAUCUGUUACUAUAACAAGAGACUAAUGCACAAAGACAGGAGCUGGGAAGAAACACUUCUGAAUUCACAGCUCCAUCUGGGAAGGGAGUGGGAAUUAGUGGCUAGAGCAGGGGUAGCCAGUGUGGCAUGCUGCGGAUGUUGUUGGACUACAACUCCCAUCAUCCCUGAGCAUUGGCCAUACUGGUGGGAGCUGGAGUCUGACAAUAUCUGGGGGGUAGGGUGGUCCAUGCUGGUUAUUUCUGGGCUAGACCUAUGGUAUGGGAGCAUCUUCCCCUUCCCAUUCCUGUAUUUACUUAUUUUCCAGAGGAGGUGGGCAAUGUCUCUGUGACCCCACCCUUUGCGGAGGUGACAGAAGGAGACAGCUCGGUGGCCCUGAACUGCACCCCAGUCCGAGGCUCUGUCUCCUGGACCAAGGAUGGGAAAAACCUAGAAGAAAACCCCCGAUUCUUGCUCUCAGCUGGUUCCUUGCAAAUCAGAAACCCUCUACGUACUGAUGCGGGCAUCUAUCGCUGUACUAUCACCAACCCUUUUGGCAACGGGACUGGCACCACCAACCUUACUGUCUAUUGUGAGUACACACUAGAGAUUACCGUUUUUAUAUACUGACGUAUUGUACCAUUGUGGUUAGACGUAAACUGCGGACAGCCAGCUACAUAUACCUACUGAGCCACUCAUCUUCCUGGGUGGCCUUGGGCCAGUCGCUGGCUCUCAGCCUAGUCCAGCUCACUGAGGUCAGGUAUUCUUUCUUGAGUUUCUCAGACAAAGGGUGGGAUAAAAAUGUAGCAAAUGAUAACUUUAUUUUUGUGUUUAUAGAAUUUGUAUACCACCUUUCACCCAAAGAUCACAGGGUGGUUUAUAGCAUCAAAAGACACACAAAAAACCACAUAAGUAAAUAACUUUUAGACUUCUAGGGAGCCCUGCUCCUAAAAAUCACAGAGGCAGGCUGACAAUGUACUAAAAGUCUUGACGACUAGCCUGGUAUCUGUGCUUAUUCAUUCCUUGGGUAUUUAUAACCUGAUUUUCAAGCCAAAAAUCAGUCACUUUAUUAAAAAAAAAUAAUUAUAUACAGUGGUACCUUGGUUUGCAUACGUCUUGGUUUGCAUACGUUUUGGAUUACAAACACGUCAAACCCGGAAGUGCGUGUCCCGGUUUGCAACCUUUUUUUGGAUUACAACCCCCUUUUUUGGAUUACGAACAAACUUUUUUCAGAGGCCCCAUUGGCAAAAGCGCGCCUUGGGUUACAACCUGUUUGGGUUUACAAACGAACCCCCAGAACAGAUUAUGGUUGUAAACCAAGGUAUCACUGUACUGCCCUUCAUCCAAGGAUCAUAGAGUGGUUUACAGUAUAAAAACACGGAAAUACAUAACACUAUAGCAAGCAAAACAAUGACCCUCAAACACAGAGUUUUAAAAGCCUUACAUUGUUUAAUUAGCCAAAGGCCUGGGGGAAGAGGAAUAUUGUCACCUGUCGCCUAUUAUUGAUGAUGUCAUCAUAACUAAAGAAAUAAUGAAGCAUAGCUCAUUCGGUAGAGCCUGAGUCUCUUAAUAUUACAGACACCCCAAGUGUCCCUUUUUUCCAGGGAUAUCCCUGAUUUAAAGAAGCUGUCCCAGUUUCUCAUUUGAUCCCGGAAUGUCCCGCUUUUCUUUAGGACUUCCCUAUUUUCAUUGGAUAAAAGUUGGAGGGUAUGGAGUUAUCCAACCCCCGAGCCGUCUGAAGACAAUCCUGUAUAGGAAGGUGUUUUUUAAUGUUUAACAUUUGGUUGGCUCCUGUGAAAACAGGAUACUGGGCUAGAUGUCCUUAAGGAAGAUUUACCAGAGUUCGAUUGGCUGCUCAAAGGGAGAUGUGGCUUAAGGACCAGUCACACAUCCAUUUUGCUUCCAGACAGCUGCUCUCCUCUUCUUCCUCCUCCUCCUCCUCCUGGCUGCUGGCGAAGACCACGUAGUCAGAAUCAUUCACUGGAGUUCAUGCACUGAUUCUGCACACUUACUUCCUCUCCCUCCCUCCCUUGCAUGUUCUUGCAGCCAGCGACCUCGGCCAGCCUUUUGCCACGCUUCUCGGGGAGAAAGGGCAAACAUCCCAGCCGCAAGCGGAAGGGACACUACUUAAGACGGCUGCGCUGCCUUUUACCCAGGUGGCUGGGCAAAUACAGCUGACCGUAAUGCACCUUUCUGCUGCUAAAUGACCACUGCAUCAAUCUGAAUGGCCACAUUCGUCAGCGAGGUCGCAACCUGGAUAACCAAAGCUGGGGAGAGGAGGCAGGUUCCCUGGCAGUUAAGCCUGAUGGAUAGAUUAUUUGUUGUGUCUUUUUUAAAAAAAACAACCCUAGGAAAUAGACAUUUCAUUGGUACCGUAUUACAUGGCUGUGUGGCUUUCAUUCCUCUCAGAUGGCCCAGAGACCCCAACAAUUACAGUUUCCUCGUCGGAGCGGGACUCUGACGCGGGGAGUUUUGUGCUGGUGAACAGUACCGUGAACCUAACGUGCCUGGCGCCGUCCGAGCCCCCGGCCAAGAUGUACUGGAAUGUGGCAGACGCUCAGGACCUCUACGUGCCUUCCUUGCCUGUCCUGCAGCUCCCCAAGGUGCAGCUGAAUCAGGCCGGCUCGUAUUCCUGCUUGGCCAUCAAUCAGCGCACGCAGCGCCGGGUUCGAAACACGCACCAUCUCACUGUUGCCCGUGAGUUGAAUUUGACGUCCGUCUUCCUGUCACACUAAGAGGCAUGAAUCUCAGCAGGGAGGGAGUCAGGCACAGGAGCAUAUGUGGGGAGCUGCAGCAAAAUGUUGCAGUAUGGAAUGCCCCCCCCCCCUUUUCAGGAGCCCAUCAAGUUCCAACCCCCAGUUUUCCAGGGCGGAGUGGGGGGUGGAUAUUGGCUGUGCUCUUGUAAACCAAGAAAUGACCUAUCCAGACAAUUCUAUUUCUUUCAUAUCUGUGUGACUCUUUCUCCACACUUCUCUUCCAGGAUUCACUAAUAAUAUAAUACUCAUUACAAUUUUGUACUGCCUUCAGAUGUCUGAAGGUCUGCCCUCAGGUGUCUUCUCAAAUUCAGAUAGUUGUUUAUUUCCUCGACAUCUGAUGGAAGGACGUUCCACAGGGCAGGCACCACUACCAAGAAGGCCCUCUGCCUGGUUCCCUAUAGCUUCACUUCUUGUAGUGAAGGAACCAUCAGAAGGCCCUCGGAGCUGGACCUCAGUGUCCGGGCUGAACAAUGGGGGUGAAGACAUUCCUUCUCCCACCCUUAAUGGUUAUUCAACAUUCUGUGGCCACAGAGCAGGCUCAUCCCCAUUGAGUUGUGUCGGGUGCACACCCCAUUUAGAAUUCAUUUUUUAAAUGUUGUUCUGCAAACCUUGGGUUCCCCCCAAGCCUGUUGAUACUUCGCUCUUGUGUGUGGGUGCCACUACCUCAGAGCUUCACUCAGAGCUUUACCAUCAGGAGUAAAUGAUACCAGUUUCCCUCUCAAGGCCUUCCCCAAAAAGCCCUAGGAAUUAUAAUUUGGUGAGUUGCUAGGUUUCCAUUGUAGAGUUCCCCAGCCUUGUCAAAGAGCCCAGAUUUCACCAGAAGUGGAAUGACUGUUAAACCAGUGGAAGUCUGGUGCAGAGAGAUGCCUUUUCCUCUACAGCAGAAGCAGCUACCGUGGCAACUUCCAGCAUCCCUGACCAUUGCCCAUAUUGGGGCUGAUGGGAAAUGAAGUCUAAAACAUCUGGAGGGCUUAUACUUUGCUUUACAUCUGCAUGAAAUCUUCCUUCUCUUUUGAUCCGUCUUCUGUUGAACUAAAUUCACUGCCUUUGCCUUUUAGGCAGGCAUCUUUCAUGCUUAGGUUUUUGUUUUUGUUUUAACCUCAGCUAUUAUUAACACAAACUUACUCUGCUAUGUGACCCAGUUUGAUGUUUUCUCCUCCCUUUAAUGUUUUUUUAUCUCAGAUUUUUAAAAUUAUUACUAUGAAGUUAUGUUGAUUUUGUUACGCAUUCUGCUUUGACAAGGUUUCUCCUGUUUCUUGAUUUAGGGGCUUGGCCUCUCCUAGAAACCCCCACCCCCAUGGCAGCCAUUUUAUGAAAUGCCACAUGCCCCAUGACAGCCAUUUUAUGACUGGUGCCCGACACACUUCCUCAAAAUUCUAAAUGUGCCCACUGGCCCAGCAAGGUUGGCAAGCCCUGGCUAAAAUUACCUAACCAGGGCACCUCUUUUCCCUCACCUUGCCCUAUCUCCCACUUAGCAAGAGCUGGUUCUGAUAGCCGCAUGCCUGAAACUAAAUUGUCUGAAGAUUUUUUUCCUUGUUAUGAAAUAAUCUGUCUCUCUGAAUACAGCCGAUCUGAUUUGUGUGUACGGUUGAGUUAUCUCUUUCUUUCUCCCCGCUUAGAACGACCCCUUGGAUCCCCCCGUUGCUCUGUGGCCUCAGCAGACAAUGGUACCGCUUUGCGUUUCAUUUGUUCCUGGCCUGGUGGCUCCCCUACCCCGCAACUGACCUUCCGGGGGCUCCCAGGACAUGAGGAGGAGGUCAGCACCUCCAACUUGCAGCGCUUGCUGGUCUCUCCCUUCCCAGCUGAGCUCAGUGGCAGCAAAAUCAUCUGUCUUGGACGCCAUAUGACCGGGCAGGGCAAUUGCAGCUUGAUUCCAGGUGAGACUAGCGGUGUAGUGGUUAAGAGCAGUAGUCUCAUAAUCUGGGGAACCGGGUUCGCGUCUCUGCUCCUCCACAUGCAGCUGCUGGGUGACCUUGGGCCAGUCACACUUCUCUGAAGUCUCUCAGCCCCACUCACCUCACAGAGUGUUUGUUGUGGGGGAAGAAGGGAAAGGAGAAUGUUAGCUGCUUUGAGACUCCUUCAGGUAGUGAUAAAGCGGGAUAUCAAAUCUAAACUACUAAACUGGUUACCAGAAUCCUCCACAUGGAGGAACCGGAAGGCAAGAUAUGAGUUCUGGUUCUGGUGUAGUAUUGUGGCGUAGCAGUCAGAGUGUUGGACUAGGACCUGGCAGACCAGGGUUCAAAUUUCCAUUGGGCCAUGGAGCACACAGGGUGCCCUUGAGACAAUCGUGGUCUCUCAGCCUGACCUACCUCAAAGGGUUUCUGUGAGGAUAAAAUGGGGAUGGAAGGAUCAUGUAUGUUGCUUCGAGCUCCUUGGAGGAAAAGGUGGGCUGUGAAUGUUAACAAUUAAUAAGUGAGCUGUUACCAGCAAAUGAUGGGGUGCUUGGUGCAUGGUUUAGGGGUUUAGUAGGCCCCCAUUAAGAGGGCUUAGCUAGUUAGAACCAGUGAGAUUCAGUGGGCAGAGUUUUGCAGUUGGUUAGAAAGAGUUGAUUGCUGAUCUUUGUCCCAGUCCCUUUCUCUCAUCCUAACCUACCUCACGGGGUUGUUGUGAGGAUAAAAUGGAGUAACCUCAAUAUCUGUUGUCUUGAAAUCCUUGGAGGAAGAAGAUACAAAUGUUAUGAAUAUUUCAAAAAAGGGGCACUGAAACUGAAAGGAACAAACUCACUAUAUUAGGCAAAAUGGACAUUACGAAUCCAACUUGUUAUAGGUUUGGGGGAUCAGUCUGGAUGAUAUCCACAGGUUCCUUCCAGACACGUGAUUCUGUAUCAAGGUGGCUUAGAAUCUAGUAGAUGAAGCUGCUGAAACAGCCAGAGCAAUUUCUUUGUAAGAUCAUGGCCUUAGUCAAGUACUUCCAUCGCCAUGUCCAAAAAAGUUGCCCUGUUACCAUGGAGACAAAUGGAAAAGCCUAGGAUGUAGAACUAUCAUCCUAGGAUGUAGAACAAUAGGCCAAUGGUGUGAGAGAGUUUAUGGCUGAUGCCGAAAUCUUCAGACACAGUGGCUUGGGGCUCUCCUUGGAAGCCCAAUUGAGAAGUGAGAUCUGUUGGAGCACCUCCAUCCUACCCUCAGGUUGCAUAUAUGUGUAAAUAAAGCUAGAUAUCCUAAAGACAUCACAGUCUGGGAAUACUCUAAAGACACCACAAUCUGAUGAUGAUGUGACUAACAUAUGGAGCUGCAUUGUGGUGGUACAUCAAGCUGACUGUUGUCUAUGGUGACUAGUAGCAGCUCUCCAGGGGUCUCUCUUCAGAAAGGGGUUAUCUCCCAGUCCUGCCUGGAGAUGCCAAGGAGUGGACCUGGGUUCUUCUGCAUGCAAAGCAGAUGCCCUACCACUGAGCUUUGCCUCGUCUUUGAUUUUCAGAAAGUUUUGUUUACCAGCAUAACAGGCUUCCCUCCCCUCCCCCUAAUCUCCCACCACAGAAGCUCCCUCAGGAGUUUUGCUCUCAUUCCGGACAUACAGCAGCACCGAAGAGUCCGUUACCAUGGAACUGCAUUGCCAAGGCACCUUCAAUCCUGUGGAGAUUGACUGGUUUCGGAAUAAGGGGUCUCUCAUUCCUGUCGGAGGCCGUUACCACCUGAACCCUGCCCGAACGCAGCUCACCAUCUGGAACUUCACUUCCCCAGAUGACCUGGGCGAUUACAGUGCCACCUGCUAUAAUCCGCUGGGAUCCCAACGCUCGAACCUCACCAUCCUUGGUGAGAGCUCCUUCUACCACCACUGAAGUCCUAUUUUCUAUAUCUAUUUCUUUUCAUGGGUUCCUAACACCAGCCAGCCUUUUGCUCUCUGCUGCAAAUAGCAGCCGGGCAGCUACAUUAGGUGGGAAAAGAGCAAGUGUAGUAGCCACCAUUUUGGUUCCUGGCAGUGAAGUGUGAGAAGCUGGAAUGUGUGCAUGGGGACACCAUUUUGAAUGAGGGCAUGGAUUCUCACUUUUCAAGACAAGGCAAGAUGUGGGAGAGAAAGAACCAAUAUGUAUUUUUAAACCAUCCACGUCCAGCCUGAGGGAGGGGCUUUAUUAGGUGGCAGGGCAGUUCUUGGCUUGAGGAGUGAUUUGGGUAGAGCCAGUGUGGUGUAGUGGUUAGAGUGUGGGACUAGGAUCUUGGAGACCAGGGUUCAAAUCCCCACCCAGCCAUGAAACUCACUGAAUGACCUUGGGCCAGUCACAGCCUCUCAGUCUCACCCACCUCACAGGUCUGUUGUGAGCGAUAAAAUGGGGAGGAAGAGAACCAUGUACACCUCCUUGACCUCUCAGACUUUGGGGGAAAGGGGAGGCCUAAGUGUGAAGUAAUAAAUAAAGUGCCCUCUGGGUGGGCCUCCUCCUAUAGUGGUGAACCCUAGUCUUGCCUGAAUUAAUUAAUCCCAACCACAUUAUUUUCCUGAUCUAAAUCAUUCCUGCCUGGAAGUUGAGGGUGAGCUGGGAGCGGAAACUUCAGGCAUUAUACAAAUAUCUGUAUUUUUUUAAAUCCAGUAGCAGCUGUGAGGAGAGGGGGGUGAUGUAGUUUCGUAGUAUCCUGGAGUAAGAGCCAUUAAACUCAGUGGAACUUAUUUUGAUGAGAUGUACCAGGAAGUGAAGCCCUGUGUGUGUGUGUGUGUGUGUGUGUGUGUGUGUGUGUGCGUGCAUGUGUUGAACAUUCACAUUACUUCUUCUCCAGUUAUUAUCAGACACUAGCCACUUAAUAAACUUUAAAAUAAAAUUUUAAAACUGGGAAAUCUGAUCACCGGUAAGACUAUAGCAAGGAUGCAGAACCUUUGUCCCUCCAGAUACUUCUGGGCUGCAGCUCCCAUCAUCCUCAGCUGUUCGUCAUGCUGGGUAGGUGAUGCUGACUGAUGAGAGUUGGAGUCCAACAACAUCUGGAAGGCCAUGUCCUCAGAACAUAAGAAGCUGCCUUAUGCUGAGUAAGACCAUUGGCCCUUCUAGCUCAAUAUUGUCAACACUUGUCCAGGUUUUCAGACAGAGGCCUCUCCCAGCUCUCUGAGACCUUCUGCCUGCAAAGCAGAUUCCCAGCCACUGAGUUACAGACAUUCUGCAUCAAAUCUUCUGUAUCACAUCUGUUUUGGUCCUGAGCAGCAGGACUGUACCUGUUGGACUGCACCCUCCAUGAGUUAUCCUCUCUUGGCAGGUCCUUCGAUCGCCGACUGGACUCUCUCUCACGGACCUCAUCCUGGUUCUGCUUACCUGGCCUGGACCGUUCCAAAUGGAUCUGCAGUGACUAGCUUCUGGAUCCAGAUGCAAGGUCCUCAGCAGCACCGUUCAGCUGAGGAAUGGAAGACGGUGCAAGUCUUAGGAGCCAACAACCGAUCCACCACUGUUAUAGGAUUGGAGCCCCAAACGCCAUACUCCUUCCAGGUUGUGCCUCGUUUGGGAUCCCAAGCCGGGAACGCCUCUCUUGUUUACAUCCUUCAACCAGGUGUGUGUUCCUGAUUUUAGGAGACACGUGGAACAGGGUGGUUUGAGGAUGGGGAUAGCAUUGCAGAUAAGUCUAGAAAAAUGACUGGCCCACAACAAAAUUUGCUAGCCUAUAUUAUUCACACACACAAAUAUAAGCUGCUCAUAUUGAAGUAAAAGAACUUGCACUAAAUUUAGGCUGCAUCUGCACUAUGCGUCUAAAGCAGCUUUAUACUACAGUCGUACCCUGGAAGUCGAACGGAAUCUGUUCCAGAAGUCCGUUCGACUUCCAAAACAUUCAGAAACCAAAGCGUGGCUUCUGAUUGGCUGCAGGAAGCUCCUGCAGCCAACCGGAAGCCCCGUUGGAUGUUCAGCUUCCAAAAAUAUUUCGCAAACCAGAACAGUCACUUCUGGGUUUGUGGCGCUCGGGAGCCAAAACAUUCGAGAACUAAACUGUUCGAAAAGCAAGGUACGACUGUACUUUAAACAGACAUGGUUUCCCAAGGAAUCCUGGGAACUGUAGUUUGUCAAGGGUGCAGCUUCUAGAUUUCCAUUUCCUUCACAGAGCUACAAUUCUCAGAGUUCCCUGGGGAAAGGGAUUGAUUGUUAAACCACUCUGGGAAUAGUAGAGGGGACAGGGGUCUCCUAGUCUCAGCACCCUCAACAAACUACAGUUCCCAGAAUUCUUUGGGGAAACCAUGGCUCUUUGAAGUGGCACGAUCCUGCUUUAAAUGUACCGUGCAGACGGGGCCUCUAAGUUUAGUCAAACUUCUCAGGCUGCUGAUGUUUACGUUCAGCUCGGUUGUAUUCCUUCACAGUGACUUCAAGAGGGUGACAGUAAGAUUUAUUUCCAAAUCUGCACGAUGUCCAUUCCUCCCAAUGGGCCUUCCAUGGCAUUCAUUUCAACAAAUAGCCGCAUUUUUAUGGAACAUUUGUAUAGCACUAACCCCCAUGUGGCCCCCAACCUGUGGAGGAAGAGAAUUGGGGCUAAAAGGGCAAGGGAAAAUGUCGCUGCGUGGUGGCAACAUCGCAAGCGAGCAUGAAAUGUCAGACUGUGCACUCUUUCUGGAGAGUGAAGGCAGGAACCUUAACUUAUGAUAUCCAUUAGGGCUGUGCAUCUUGUCUGGAGAAAUCGUGAACCCAUUCGAGCCAAUUCAGGUCCAGUUUAACACCUUAGCUUUUAAUUAAGGGCAGUGCAAGGCUCCCACUUUGUCUCAGGACUGAGAUUGGUGUGGGUCAGAUCAGAGCCCAAUCAGGGGUGCAGAAUCAGAGGUGCCUUGCGCAGCCCUAACAGUCAUGCUUUUUGAUGCAUAUGUGCAUUUUGUGAGAGUUUUCAUUCUCCGUUUAAAGUAAAUGCGCUUUUAAAUCAUGACCCGCAAGAGUGGGACAUUCUCUUCUGAUUUGCACAGGUUCCUUGGCUUGGUCGCCUGAAGGCAAUUCUUCACUCACCACAGGCGACCAAGCCAAUGGCCAUUAUGAGGCUGGUUUGAAGGGGGAAAGGAAAAGAGUCGGGUUUUAUGGGACUGAAUUGACACAAAAGGCGGCGAGAGUGCUUUAAAUGGCUUAAAAUAUUUUAGCGCCAGUACUAAGCGUUCACACCUACUGCUUUUAAAAAAGCACUUUGCAGCCAUUUAAAAUGCUUUGCCAUAAUUGUUAAAAAUGAAAAUCUUUAACGAAAAGUAAAAUAAAGCAGAGGUUCACCAAAUGUUCUCCUGCUUUAAUCAUGGGAUUAUAAAAGCACUGCUUUCAGAGUCAGGAAUAUUCCCCUCCCCCCAAUGCUCCUAAAUUAUAUGGUCACUACUGACCUUUCCUCCAAUCCUGUUUGCUACUAUUGUUUCCCCAAUGUGCUUCUGAUUUUGGACUUUUUCUGUAAUACUUGGUCUCCUUCUUGUGAAUAGUCACAUGGGUGAUCCCAGCCAGCUAGGGAUUUUGUAGUGAAUAGAUAAAUUUUAUUAUUAUUUGUUGACAUCAGUGAGGGCAAAUUAAGCCAUUUGAGAGGGAGGUGGAUGCUCCCUGGGAAUAGUGGCAUGAGCAAAACCAGGCAAUUGUGAUCAUUAAGGAUAUGACAUCAUAACAACAUAGCCAGUCAGAUCUGGCUCUGUGGCAAUGUCACUAAGGUCAAACAAAGCCAGUUCCAAGUGAGGGCAAUGACGCCUCCCCCCAAAAAAGAUCCAUUCAAAUUAUUUCACAGCAAACUCUGAAAAGUUGUGUGUUUGGGGGAUGCUUUUCUAUGCAAGGGUUUCAUUAAAAAUGUCACACUAUUGUAAACCUAGAUCACAUUUACAGUACCCCUUGUCCUUUUCAGAACCUAACCCUUUUCAGAUCUGGGGCCCUUCUUUAGUCCAAAAAUGCAUAUUGCAAUCCCAGAUCUCUAUUUUUAACAAUAUAUCUAUGAUGGUGCUGCUGCUGUUAGAACUGAACAGUGGGGCCCAGCUCAUCACCUGUGUGCUAGAAAACCCAAAGUCUGUGUUCGGAGUUAAGCCUGAUUGCAGAAAUCUCUUUAGUUCUGUGCAUUUUGUGUUAUUCCACAUGGUUUAGUUGUUGUUUGAUUGUUUAACAAGCCAGGGCAAAUGAAAGAAGUGUCAUAGAGACACUUCCAGUCUUUCUUCUUCUGCCGUGAGGUCUAGAAACUUGUUUCUUCUUUCUUUUUUUCAAAAGAAAGCUACUCUUUCCUGAAUGUUAAAUUCCACUCUGUGCGUAGCAGUACAAAAACUUGUUAAGCGAAUGCACUGAUCCUUCACAGCGACCCCUUUGCGGGUCCAGCGGCCCCGCCAUGCUUUUGCCUCUGAUAGAAGAGUUUUGCCUCCUUGGACAACAGAACAUUUCCUGGGUCUUGUGGCCUUUGUGGCUCUUGGUGCAACAGUUUCCUAUUCGUGCCACUUACAGUAAUAUGUGCCUAUCCUCCCUUUAAUGUCCAGCAGAGUGUUCUGAUGGUCCACAACAGGGAAGGGCAACCUGUAGCCCUCAAGUGGUGUAAUGGUUGGAGUGUUGGACUAGGAACUGGGAGACCAGGAUUUGAAUCCCCACUCAGCCAUGAAACUCACUGGGUGACCUUGGGCUAAGUCACCGCCUCUCAGUCUAACCUACCUCACAGCGUUGUUGCAAGGAUGAAAUGGGGAGGAAAAGAACCAUGUACUUUUGCCUUGAGCUUCUUGGGAGAAAAGGUGGUGUUUAUGUAUGUAAUAAACACACAACACAAAAAUAUACAGAUGCAGUUGAACUCCAGCUCCCAUCAUCGCUGACAAUUGUCCGUGCUGACUGCAGAUGAUGGGUCCUGGAGUUCAGGUUUCUCACCACGAGCUUACAGUUUCAAGGAAACCAUCUGAUGAGGAUCAGAUCCCUGGCUUUCAAAACUUUUCUGGCUCUAGAAUCCUUGAUGGAUAGGAUCUAAAAUAAGAAGUGAGGGCCAAAAUUUAUGAGUCUUGGAAAUUCCUCAGUCUUGCGAGACAAAUAUGUGAAGCUCAAGAGCUCCUCUGUGGACUGUGGUUGAGGUAGAACAAGCCUGAGGACCCCUGUGUUUCUAAUCCUGAUUUCCUCUCCUUCCUCUGUGUCACAGAUUCGAGUCUGAGCGCAGGCGCCAUUGCUGGAAUAGUGAUUGGCUCCAUCAUCGGGGCACUCCUGAUCCUCGCUCUCCUGUUCUUGUUGAUCUGCUUGAUCUGGCCAAUCUGCCUUCGGAAAGGUGGGCUGAACCACGAACGAGCGAAACACAAACUAACCAAAUUGCUGAUCUUUACCGAUUGGGCGGGAAGCAUCACAUGGCAGAUGGGUGUGAUCAGCUGACCUCCCUUCAGCCAGUUAAACACCAAGCAUGGAAAGUCAGGCUCAAGAAAUAGAAUAACUAUGUUAGUUUUAAACCACAGUUGCCCAACCCGGUGCCCUUCAGCUGUUGUGAACUGCAAUUCUUAUAGGCUUGGGGAUGAUGGGAGUUCUCAAAAUCCAGAACGUUUGGAGGACGUCAGAUGGGAUUUUAUUCUGUGAACUGCCCUGAGACCUCCGGGUAUAGGGCGGCAUAUAAAUUCAAUUAAUAAUAAUAAUAAUAAUAAUGGCUGCUUUGAAGUCGAUUGUGUAAAUAUAGGAUAGAGAAAUAGACACACACCCUUCCUAUGCUCCACCCACCAGUUUCAUUUCCCUAGUCCUUCCAAACAACUCUUUGAAAAUCUGGAAAUCAGAUGCAGUCUUAAGGACUAGAAACUUGUAUGGAAAUGGAGACUCUCAGGGUACUGAAUACUGUGUUCACUGGGCCAGCUUCUGCAUAUGACUUUGCCCAGGGCCGUCUGAAGCAUAUCCGGUGCUGUGGUGCAAAACUCUCUCCAGCGCCCCCACCCCCGUUUCCCAGAGUUGUCCACCUCUUUUUAGGGAGGACGGUGCUGCCGGCGGGGCUGGAGGAGAUGGGCAGCAGUUGGAGGGUGGCUCCUCUGGCAGGGAAGAGGCGGAGGCUGGACGUGGCACCUCCCGGCUCAGCUGGCUGCUUCGUGCAGUGGUGGUCAUUGGCAGAUGGAGGCUCCGGGCGCGGUGCUGCUUUGUGGCAGCAUGGUCGAGGUGGGCGAGGGUGGCGAGCUGAUGCCAGGAGGCGCCGCAUCCAGCCUCCACCUCAUCCCUGGCGCCCUCCAGGACUUGGCACCCUGGCGCCCCGCGCCACUAGCUUCUAUGGGUAAGAUGCCCCUGACUUUGCCCUUCAGAUAUAUUGCCCAUCAGAUAUAUAUUUGGCAUAAAGGCUUUUCUUUGCCCAAAUGCGGGCAUCAGUAUCUGAUACUACCUGACUGAUAUUUAAUUCAUCAAUCCCACUAUUUCCAGUGUUCAGGCAUGGCUGUUUUUUGCUCAUACAGCUAAAGCAGAAUAUCCUACACACACUAGAGGGAGACUUGGAGGAGCCACAUCUUUGUUGGGUGGCGGUGGUGGGGAACCCAAACCAGCCUGGUGAAGAUUGUGCAUGUUCAGUGGCCACAGAAUGCCACAUGUCUCUUGAGGGUGAGAAAGGGAACAGAACAGGGGGAGCAAAGUAGCGCCUCCAGAUAUUGCUGAACGCCAGCCGUCAUCAGCUGCAGCCAGCAUGACCAAUGGCCAAGAAUUAUGAGAGUCGUAGUUCGGCAAUAUCUGGAAGGUGCCACAUUAAUUGCCCCUGCAUGGGAGUGUCCUGGAGGAGGAGGUAGCUGUCUGCCUGUAACAGCAAUCAGGAAGACUCUACGCUGCAACAUUUUGUUGCAGAUCCCACUUGUACUGAUACUAAUAAGUCAGGAGGGGAAAAUAAUCCUCUAGCCCUUGUGCUGAGCUGGUCACAGUUGAAGUGGAUAGGCCAAUCAGGAGCUGGCUGUGAUCACAACUAGCCAGAAGGGUUCAGUUUUGGUUCAGCAUUCCAAGGGAUAUUUCUUUGGGAACUGAGAGACAGCCAAUCUCACCGUCAGUGCAAAGCUGUAGUGACAUCGGCCUUUCACUCCUUGCAGCAAAGGAGAAGAAAAUCCCCCCAACGCCACCUGAGAACCGACAACACUACCUGUCACGUCAGGUAAGAAAAAAUGAGAUGCAACUAUAAUAGGGAUGUGUGUGUGUGUGUGUGAGAGAGAGAGAGAGAGGCCAUUGUGUGUUGUGUUGUGUUGAACAGUUGCGAAACUCACCUCUAACCAAGCGGUCUCAUUAAUGUGCACAGGUGUUUUAUAGCUAAGAACAAUUAAUUAUCUUUAGAUGCUGAUGUGUAUUACUUCGGAAUGUUAUAAGGCAUCCCUGAUGCUGUUGGGGGGCCUUCCUCUUGCUCAUUCUGCUGUGUGGGACGCCAACAUCUGCUUUUAGGUUCUACUUUGAUGGCAUCACUGUCUAAAGGACCACUUCCUCUCACUUGUAGCUGUCCGACUUUUGAGAUCCACCUCGGGUGAGGGGAGCUUCUUGGAGGGGGAGGAACUUGGUGAGGCAAGGUAGAGAAAGGGUCUUCUUAGUGGUGGCACCUCUUAUUUGAAACAGCCUCCCCAAACAGAUCCAACGACAUUUAGGUGACAGCUUAAAACUUAUCGUCUGAGCACAGGUUUUGAAUGUUUGUUGAUUUUCUGUUUUAUGGAUACGCUGUGUCCAUGGAUACACUCCAGCAUUUUGGAGUGGUGAAUCGGUGCUGUUUAAAAUGAUUUUUGCUACCGGUUUCUUUUUGUCUGUUGUUAGUGUUUUUGAUUCUUUAAUGUUAUGGCAAUUUACAUGUGUCACACUGUACCUGGGUAGGCAAGUGACUAAUAAAAAUCGCAAAGAAAUAAACCAACCGGAUGCCCUCCAGACAACGCCAUGCUAUAACUCCCACCAGUCCCAGCUAGCAUAGCCAGUCGUCAGGGAUGAUAAGUCAGCAACAUCCAGAGGUUACCAUGUUGGCUAAUCCUGAAACAAAUCAUCGGAUAUUUCUCUGUGUGUGUGUCCCUAUUCAAUAUCUCUCCAUCUUUCUAGUUCCCAAAUGGCAACAAACGGGAGUCAAACGCCCCCUCUUGGGGCAACCCUCGCUGGUCAUCAGGAGACUCUGACAUCUAUGCCAUUACCUAUGAGGAACACUUACGCAAAUAUGGUGGCCCUGGAACUUUGGUAAGUGCUGUGGGAAACACACUGUUAAGCUGUGGCAGAUGGGGCCAACCAUAACAAGGCCAUCCCUGUUCUACUGCUUCUGCAUCGCCACCUGGUGUGCUACUGGGGCAUCAGACCAGCAUUAACCAUUCGCUAGUGCUUUCGCCUACAGAGCUCCUUCCAGUCUCAACCCCCUACUUAUUACCUAUUCUCUGCACAAAGAUGCCCUCUCAUGGCAUGGAUUUUUGAUUAACUGGCAUAAGUAGCUACCACCCAAAGUACUGCUGCUUCAGGGCAAAAGCUGAGUGCACAUGUUUAGCCCAGCCUGGGCUCCCGGGGAGGUUUAAAGGGUCAGAGAACCAUGGUUUGCAAACUCCACAUAGGCUGGGCUGAGUCACAAGUUGUGAAACUCCAGGUCAAAUACAGAUUGCAUUGUGGCCUCUUCUUUGCAGUCUCAGCCAGGGAGCAGAAACAGGAUGUUUAUGGAAGCAAUAGCGGCAUACAAUCAAUACACAGCUGGGGUGGCUGUGCUCACCUGGGUGUGGGCGACAACUUGCCUAGGUGUGGUGGUGAUGCAAAGUAACAUUUUGGCAAGCAGGAUAAGGCCGGACAACAUGUGAUGUGAAUCGUGUGGUAUUUGCCCUCCAGCACAGUUUUUCUUCCAGAAAUGUCUGCAUGUGUGCUGUGAUCUGUGCCAGGGGUUAGCCCUUUGUUCUGUGUUGCAGUCCCAAACCACAUCGUGGGGCCUCAAGCUUGCCAUUUGAAAGGUGUGGAAAAGUUCCCGUUUACUCUGAUUGGAGUAUCCCCCCUCCCUUUGUGGCAAUUGCAGGAAUGAGGAUCCAGAUCUGGAUCAGGAUUCCAGCAAGGGGGAAAGAGUCCUAAACUGUAUCGAUUAUUCUCCCUGCCAACUUUAUUUAUUUAUUCAUGCAUUUAUUAAAAUGUUUAUAAGCUGCCCUUUGUCCAAAAAUGGAUUUAAGGACUGCAUGCGAAGAGAUUUUAAAAUUACAAAACAUAUUAUGAAAACAAAAAUCAGCAAUGCAAUAAAAUUAAGAGGAAUACAGCUAUUCAACCAGCUUUAGGAAAUGCUACAAAUCUUAAAUUGCUUGGUCAAAUAAAAAGGGUUUUAACUUGACACUGAAAAGACCACAGCAGCAGGGGGUGGAGAGAGAGCAGGGGUGCCUCCAACCUUUUUGGGCCCAUGGGGAGAUUUGAAAAUUGGGGAAACUGUUGUGGGCAUCAUGUGUGCACCACAACUCUUCCCUCCCAGGAUAUCACCUGCCCCCAAUUCCCCGCUCUCUGCAACACAGUUAGGCUUGGAAUAAUGGCUAAAGGAGGUUUUUCUCCAGCCUAAUUUCAGAAAGGGGAGAUGGGGCCCUAUAGCUGCCAAGAAAUGGCUCUGUGGGGCCAUAUGUACCUGGUUGGCAGCCCUUGGAAUUACAGGGUUGGCAUCAGGCAUACUGUUCCUCUCUCAACAAGGCAUUCCACAGGCAGGGUGCCACCACAGAGAAGGGCCUCUCUUAGGAGGCAUCCAUAAUAUACAUCUUUGUCUAAGAAGGUUCAUGGGGAAAGGACCUCUACUGGCAUAGGAGCUUGGGAAACUGCCUUGGAAAAUAACUCCAGGGGAUCCUAAUGCUUUUCAACCCACAACCCCAAUUAUUCUCUGGGUUGCAUAAAAAUCCGAGCCAGGGAAGAACUCCCAGCUCCCUUCAUCAUAAGAACACAGGAAGUUGCCUUUUACUGAAUCACACCAAUGAUCUCUCUAGCUCAGUGCUGUCUAGACUGACUGGCAGUGGCUCUCCAGAAUUGAGGCAGAGGAUUUUCUAGCCUUACUUGGAGAUGCUGGGGAUUGAUCUCAGGUCCUUCUGCAUGCAAAGCAGGUGCUCUGAGCUACAGCCCUUCUUCUAGGAGUGUAUCAGAGCACAAGUAUGUUGGUAUGGGAGAAAGCACUCCUUCAGGUGCAUGGGAAACAUGCACACCCCAAGCCAUUUAGGGACUGGCAUUUCCAGUUGGGCUCAGUAGCAAAAAGAGAGCCAAUGUCAUUCUUUUAGAACUGAUAUAAACAUGGUUCCAUCACAGUCAAACAGCAGGUAUUGUGGUAGCAUGUUUCAGUGCUAGUUUCCAAGCCAUUUUCAAGGGCAGCCCCACAUAUAAUGCAUUGCAGAGUUCCAACCCUGCGUGUCAUGGAGCACCCUGGCUAUGGAUUUUCCAAAGCUCCCUGAGAAAUGUUGCCAGCCUCGCAAAAACUCUUUGAGCUUCCCUUCAAAAUGGCCCAGUGGCUCGGAAGGAAGGUGGACCCACCCCACCCAAAUGUGCUGUGAACAAUGCUUUAGGCCAGUGGUGCCCAAACUUUUUUCAAAGAGGGCCAGAGUUGAUGAAGUGAACAUGCAUGAGGGCUGACCAAAGUUGCUGAGCUUUUGGACUUCCGGAGGCGGCGCCAUUGGCAAUGGCGGAUUCCCUCUAGUCUUGAGGGAGUAGCUCCGCGGAAAUCGGGUCUUGCCGCUACGGCGAAGCGGGAACCCCUUCAAAAACCACAGGCGGGUGAAGCCUGUGACCGUGGGACUCGGCGGGCACCCAUAGCGCCCCCCCAAUCUGCGAGGGAACCCUGAAAAGAGUUCCGGAGCGAAACGGGGAGUCUGGUGCGGUGCUGAGAGUCAACUGCUUCUUCCGUGGAGUAAAGCCGUGCAGCUGUUGCCGGAGAGCGCUGACCUUUUUCCUGUGACAAUUCAAGCUACAAACAACUACCCGAGAGUAGGUUAAGUUUGAAGAUGGGGAAUUUAAGGGGGGGGGAGGACUAAUUCGGCACUGAAGCGGGAAGGUGUAAACAGGAAGUCUGCCUUCCUUUUCUGUAAAUAGAUCAAAGCAAAGACUGUCUAAGCUAAGACCCUGAAAAUCGCGUUGAAAAAGACUCAAAUCUUACAUCAACAAAAAGAGAACUCCCUCCCUGUGGUGUGGGAGAGGGGAGGGAGAAGGGGAAGUAUCUUUUGCCCGCAAAAGAAGAGAGAAAGGGAACAAAGACCAUCACUUAAUGCCUGGGAACGGACUGUCAAGGGACAAUGGAACUGCCGUAUUGUGAAAUGCACUGUUAAAGGAUAAUGCAACUCUUUGACAGCUAGCUCUGUAAGAGGGAUACUUUGAUUCUGAAGAGUCUCUCCUGACUUGAAACUGUUGCUCUUUUUGGCUAAAGGGGGCAUUUCUGAAAGUUGGAAAAGUUAUUUUAUCGUUACAAGUUGGAACUGUUACUGUGUCCCCCUAGAGGAACUUUGAAAUUGCUACAAUUGGCCAGGGAAUUUUCCACUCUAAACUGGCCACACUAAAGGGGAAUUUUCCACUACAAACAAGUAAUCGUGGGACUGACCUUGAUCCUUAGAUAAAGUGUUAUGGCAGACUUGACUCAGGAAAAAACAAGAUCUGGUAAAAUUAGACUGCAGCAGCAUAGACCGUCAGCACCCGGCCUCCCUGCCCCACCAGGGGAAGAUUUAGCCCAGGUGGCGUCUAAAGGAAUGGCAGCUGAAGGGGGCUUAGCUUCAGCUCUAGAUAAAAUUUUUGAAUCUUUGGAAAAGUUGAGCAAACAAGUUGUUGAAGCGACAACUAAAAUUGAUCAAAAUACUUCAAGCAUCAAUAACUUGGGGCAGAAGGUGAACUCAAAUAGAGAAUCUAUUGAGAAACUGCUGCAGGAAUCUACUCAAUCGAAAACAGCUGAAGAAGCCAAGGAAAAAGCAUUGGCUGUAGAGGAAAAGAUAGAGGAAAAGAUACAACCGAUAUGUAGGCAGCUGGAGGAUCACAAGUCAUUGCUGUCUAUGAUCAAAUUAAAAGAAAAACAGAUAAAUCUAAGGAUCAGGGCUGUACCUGAACUUGAGAAAGACAAUUUGAGUGACUUUCUUAUGCAGGAAUUUGCAGACUUUUGGAACUUAGACUUAGACAAGUUGGAUUUCAAGAUAGUAAGUGCUUUCAGACUUGGAAGAGGGGGGGAGAAAGAACAGAGUGAGAGACUGUUUGAUUACCCUCCGAUCAAGAGAGGAGAGAGACAGAAUAUUGAGUCUGCACUUCCAGAAGACCUUGGAAAUAAAGGAAUCAAGAGUGGAGAUAUUUAAGGACAUUCCUAAACAUCUUUUGGAUCUUAGGUCUAACUACGGAGAUUUGGUGGCCCUGUUAAGAGGAAACAGAACCAUAUUUAGGUGGGAAUUCCCUCAAGGCCUAUCUUUUACUUUUAAAGGGAAAAAGUUUAAAAUAAGAUCAGUGGAAGAUAAAGAAAAAUUUCUGAAAGAUCACGGAGAAGACCUGCAAAAAGAAGCUGAAAAAGAGCCAAGAGCUUUAAAACCAGGAAUACAGGACAUAGUACCACUACCUUUGGGAUUGGACAAGUUAGAGAAGGUGAUACCACCAACAGAACAAGAACAAUUACUUGGUGCAGUUGGAUGAAAAGUAAAAUAAAUACACCAUGUCCCUGCAACUAUUAAGUUGGAAUAUUCAUGGGUUUAAUUCUGGAGAAAAGGAAAAAGUCUUUCAUUUAUUGAAAAAGGAACAAUUGGACUUGAUUUGUUUGCAGGAAACACAUGUGAUAAGGCUCCAUAGGAAAGUAUUAAUUAAUAAAAGAUUGGGUCAAGAGUUUAUUUCAUCGGACAAGGUUAAAAAGAGAGGAGUUGUAAUGUACGCGAAAGAGAGCCCAUCACCGAAAUUUAUCUUUAAAGAUGACCAAGGAAGAUAUGUGGCAAUUGAAAUCCAAACACAAGGAGAAAAAUUUCUGAUAGUAGGAGUAUAUGCACCAAAUGAGGGGAAAUCUGAAUUUUUUAAGAAGUUGCAUGAGACAUUGUUAGACUAUAUGGAUUACAACAUUAUCAUGAUGGGAGAUAUGAAUGGAGUGGUAUCCACAAACAUGGACAAGUCGCAGAGACAGGUAGUUACCAAAGAUGGCAGACUACCAAAACCUUUUUGAGAUGACUGACAAUAUGGAUUUGAUUGACAUUUGGAGAAUAAAGAAUCCCUUGGCCAGAGAGGGAACCUUCUUCUCUGAAGCCAAAAUGACAUGGACAAGAAUUGACCAAAUCUGGACUACUAGAGGACUGGCACCUAAGAUUCGAAAAGUGGAAAUUUGCCCUAAAUGCUUGUCUGGCAGGGCAAGAAGCCCAGAAUAAAAUUCAAAAUAUUAACUGAUGCAAAGGACAGAGGUGGAUUUGCCCUGCCAGACCUCAAACUUUACUAUGAAUCAGCAGCAUUCUGCUGGUUGAAAGAAUGGCUGCUUCUUGAGAACACAGACAUUUUGGAUUUAGAAGGUUUCAAUAAUGUUUUUGGGUGGCAUGCAUAUUUGUGGUAUGACAAGGUUAAAGCACAUAAAGCAUUUAAAACCAUAUUGUUAGGAAAGCAUUGUUAAAUGUCUGGAUAAGAUAUAAGGACUUACUUGAAAAUAAAACCCCAAGGUGGUUGUCACCGAUGGAAGCAAAGGCUCAGAAAAGGCUCAAUAUGGAGGCCAAAUGGCCGAAAUAUUGGGAAAUUUUGGAACAAGAAGGAGACAAAUUGAAAUUGCAGAGUUUUGAGAAAUUAAAAGACAAAGUGCGAUACUGGCUUCAUUAUUAUCAGAUAAUGGAGGCAUACAAUUUGGAUAAGAAAAUUGGCUUCCAGGUGGAAAAUCAAAACUAGAAACAGAACUGUUAGAACCCAAAACUAAGAUUUUGUCAAAGAUGUAUAACUUGCUGUUGAAAUGGAAUACUCAGGAUGAAACGGUGAAAUCUGCUAUGAUUAAAAGGGCACAAGAUGUUGGACAUAAUAUUACGUUUGCUGACUGGGAACAGCUGUGGACCACAGGUAUGAAAUUUACGGCAUGUAAUGCCCUAAGAGAGAAUAUUAUGAAAAUGAUAUACAGGUGGUACAUGACACCAGUCAAGCUUGCAAAAAUCUAUCAUUUGCCCGAUAAUAAAUGUUGAAAAUGUAAAGAAACCGAAGGUACAUUCUUUCACCUUUGGUGGACGUGCCCAAGGAUUAAGGCUUUCUGGGAGAUGAUCUAUAAUGAAUUGAAAAAGGUAUUUAAAUAUACCUUCUUGAAGAAACCAGAGGCCUUUCUCCUAGGCAUAGUCGGCCAAUUGGUGCCAAAGAAGGAUAGAACUUUUUUUAUGUAUGCCACAACAGCAGCAAGAAUACUCAUCGCAAAGUAUUGGAAGACACAAGAUCUACCCACCUUGGAAGAAUAGCAGAUGAAGGUGAUGGACUAUAUGGAAUUGGCGGAAAUGACUGGCAGAAUCCGAGACCAGGGAGAAGAGUCGAUGGAAGAAGACUGGGAAAAGUUUAAAGACUAUUUACAGAAAUAUUGCAAAAUUAAUGAAUGCUAGAAUGAUGUUGGAUAGAAACUAAGUGGUCUUUAGCUGAAAUGUUAUAAGGGAAUAUGAAAAAAUGGAUUAUUAAUAGGUAAAAAUUUAAAAUUACAAUACUUUAUGAUUAACGACUAGGAUAUACAAAGAGGGGAGGGAUUUGCUGAACUAACAAACUGAACUGGAAUACAAAAAAGGGAGGCGUGAGGAGGUCCGGGAAAUAAGCAAAUGAAGGAUAAGUAAUGGAAAGAAUGAAUUGUUUUUAACCAUUUUGAUUUUGCAUUUUUUUUUCUUUUUUUAUCUUGUAAUAUUCUGAAAAUCUUAAUAAAUAUCUUAUUAAAAAAAAAAAGUUGCUGAGCUUUUUUUAGGAUUUUACCCCAGGCCAGAUUAAAAAAUUGACCAGCGGGCUGGAUUAGGCCCCCGAAAUGGACUUUGGACAUGCCUGCUUUAGGCCAAACAGUUUUCUGACCUCUUCUCUCUCCCAUUUCUCUCCAGCCCAUCAGCACCACGGACAGCAGCUCCUCCUUCCAACCUAUACAACCUCGCACCAGGAAUGUGCGCAGCGCUACUCAAGUCUGACAUUCUGAAGCUCUAUCUUGGGCUGAAGAGGAAGCUUCAGACCAAGCACAGUCUUCAGUAUGGGACCCAGGUCACCGAAAAUGGAGCCAUGCUAUCUUCCUGUGGGGCUUGACCGUGGGGUGUAUGGAAUCCAAGGUUUUCGAAUUGGAGCUUUGGUUUCCUGGCAUAAUGAUGAGAGGUGAACAUUGCCAUGCGGGAUCUAGGGGUCUCAGGCAGCAACGUAGCCAACCCAGUUAAGGGGAGCCCAGAACCCAGAAGGAUACAUUGUGUGUAGAUGAAUUCUGAUGAAAUAUGGGAUUCUGAGUCUUUCAUUGUGGCCACAGAAGGGAUCUCUUGGAAUGGAGCUGGUUACAGAACAGCUUGAGGUGCUGGGAAGAAUCCAAAGGCUAUCCAGAGGGUUAGGUGCUGGAGGGAUGAUACAUUACCAAGAGCUCUAAGCUCAACCUUGCAGCAGAGGAUAGUGUGAAGGACAGCGAUAUGGGAUACUGCCUUAUAUUGAGUCAAACCAUCGGUCCAUUAUUUUCUGCACGGAUUGACAGCAGCUGUCCAGGAUUUCAGGCAGGGUUCUCUCCCAGCCCUACCUGGAGACUGAACUUGGGACUUUCUGCAUGCAAAGAAGAUGCUCUACCACUGAGCACUGAUGCUGUACAAGAAGUGUGUGAAUUGGAUGGAGGGAGGGCUGUCUCUUUGGAGAGAAAAGGUCUUGGUUGCCAGAGUAAAAAUGUGCCUUUUACAAAACCACACCAGUGCAUAUACUUUUUUUAUCUUCACACUGCAAUGUAGCCUUUGCCAAAGUUCUUCUUUGUGUUAUUAAAUGACUGGAGCCACACCUGAUACUGAUUUCAGGAAUCUUCCCCGGACCUUCUGUUUUGAACGUAUUUGAAACUGGUGGAGUUUCAUACUUGAGUUUAGAAGUCCUGAUUUGAAAAAAGAAAAAAGUGAUGCUUUUAAGCUUAGGAAGAAGGUGCAGCUGUCUGAUUUGAUCGGGACUUCUGAGAAACCGGAAGAAGUGCUUCCCGAUCUUGACUGGUGGGAGAUAAUGGGAUGCCCUGGUCUUCUCUAGGGGUGGUAUGGAGAGGGAUUUCUGAUUCUGAACUAUUUUGGAAAAGUGAACCUCGGAAGCUGCUCCCAUAAGAUGACCACCAACCUGGAUGAUUUUAAAAGAAUGAUGAAUGAUAACUAUCCCCAUUCUGUAUGUGGCACGAAUAAGCUGGCCAGAAAAGCAGAUGUCUCUAAAUGAAUAACUAUAAAAAUAGCUACUGGCAGCAAUGGCUACAUUCUCCCUCCACCAUCGGAAGCUGGAUGUGCCUUUGAAAACCAGUUUCUGGGCAUUAUGGGGAUGGGAGAGAUUGCUCCUGUGCUUAGGUCCUGCUUACAGGCUUCCCAAAAGGCAUCUGUGGUUGGCCACUUCAAGAAGAGUAUCCCAGACUAGAUGAGCCUUUGGCCUGAUCCAGCAGGGCUCUUCUUAUGGUGUUUUAUUUCAGCAGGUUUCCUAGCGGGGCCUUUUGUCCUACUUUACAGAAUACAGUAUUUUCCAAGAAGCA